GAGGUCCAGCUUCAAAAAGGGGGAAAAUACACCGUGACAAUGGCAGCAUCCAGCAUCGCGUAGACUGAACGAUUGAUAACGGGCGAAGCGGCCCUGCAAAAUGGGUGUGUGCCGACCGACUAGCUUAAUUAUCCGCUGAAAACGAAAGAUUUGAACGGCAUGCUGAAGUACUAGCGCGUUUCCUGGAAUACGAAUCCUUCCGUAAUUGAAAAUGGAAUGGCAGGGGAGAACAGUACCGUGUUGCCUCAAUCCUUGAGAGGCGCGUCCACCUGCUAAUACCAGAGGCUCGGACAGCGGCUGAUGGCGGAUGGGGAUCAUGCAAGGGACGUGUUUGUAUUUCGGAGGAAAGACGCAUCUCUGAUAUUAUCAAAGGCGACGGAAACGGAUCCCAAAACGACUGGAAAAACGCAGUUUGGGUGCAUACGUCGGAGCAGUUACAUCUGGAUCCUGGUGGAGUGUGUAAGGCCUAUUUGUCAUCCUCCCUUCUCUAAGCCAAUGGAAGGUUCAGACAGUUCUGAGCAAGGAGGCAGCGACCAGUCAGAGUCGCAGCGCCGAAGGCAGUUGGAUAGGCUGGACAGAGAAGAAGCCUUCUACCAGUUUGUGAACAACCUGAGUGAGGAAGAUUAUAGACUCAUGAGAGACAACAACCUACUGGGGACCCCAGGUGAAAUCACAGAGGAGGAGCUGCUGAGUAGGCUUCAGCAGAUCAAGGAUGGUCCAGAGCAGCUUGACAGCAACAGUACUAGUCUUGAGAGUGGAGAAGGCACAGGAGAUCCGCCCGAAGCUUCUGAGGAUUCGUCCAAUGGCGACACCCUCCUAGACUGGCUAAACACAGUCCGAAGGACGGGAAACACUACGCGAAGUGGUCACCGUGGCAACCAGUCAUGGCGGGCAGUCAGCCGAACCAACCCGAACAGCGGGGACUUCCGUUUCAGUCUAGAGAUCAACGUGAACCGCAACCUUGCGGAACAGCAAGCCAGAGCCGAAGCUGGUGAGGCCCAGGAGACUGUAGAGAUGCCUGGAGUUGUAGUUGAGGCCGAGCCCAUCGAGACGCCAAUGGAAACUGAGGAUUCUGUGUUGGAGCCUGUGUUGGAGCCUGUGUUGGAGCCUGUGUUGGAGCCCGUGUUGGAGCCUGUGUUGGAGCCUGUGUUGGAGCCUGUGGUGGAGCCUGUGGUGGAGCCUGUGGUGGAGCCUGUGGUGGAGCAUGUGGAGCAUGUGGUGGAGGAGCUGACAGUGACAGUGGAGCCUGAGCCAGAGCUAGGGGCUUUACCAGUGCCUGAGGCGGAAGCAGAUGCUGGUUUUGUACCUGUCCCGCUGGUGGAAGAAGCCCCUUAUGUAGUACCAGAGGUUGUAAUAGCUGCAUCAGUGCCCUCCAGCCCACCUGCUAGCCCGCUGGUUGUAACCCCACUUUCCCUCCCACCAUUACCUCCUGUCCAGGCCCCAGCCCCUUCCAACCUUCACACAGAGGAGCCCCUUCGCCGGGGCCAGAGGAGAGCCCGCAGCCGUAGCCCUGAGCAGCGUAGGACCAGGGCUCGCACGGCCAGGAGUCGCUCCCCCCUCACCCUGGAGCUUCUGGACUCCCACCCCCGGCAAGCCCCUAACACUCACAGCCCUGAAACCUUUCCUGUAUCCCCUCCGGAGGGGAGCUCCAGGACUCGACAGCAUGUGCUGUCCAGGCAGAGCACAGCCGAAUACGAAGCGCAGCCAGCUAGGGCCGGACUUGGAGCUGGAACAGGAGCCCCAGAGAGAACCAGUCCCCCACCACCACCAGAGGGAGAGGCCACAGGCGGGGAAGCAGGGGCAACUAACAGGCGGCCCCCCACCAUCAUGCUUGAUCUUCAGGUGCGUCGGGUGCGUCCAGGAGAGUACCGUCAGAGGGACAGUAUUGCCAACCGCACUCGGUCUCGCUCCCAGAACUCCAACAAUACAUUUCUGUACGAGAGCGAGCGUGGAGGGUUCCGGAGAACCUUCUCACGGUCCGAACGUGCCGGUGUACGGACAUAUGUCAGCACCAUCCGCAUCCCCAUACGGCGGAUCUCAGAUGCAGGUCUGGGCGAAGCCACCUCCAUGGCGCUCCAGUCAAUGAUCCGUCAGAUCAUGACAGGUUUCGGAGAGCUCAGUUACUUCAUGGACUCUGACUCGGAUUCCUCAGAUUCGAACCGUGGUGCCAACCCACCGGCGGACCUAGCAGAGGCCCUUGGUAACCCGGAUGCUGCUGUAGCUGCUGCGGCUGCAGCUGCAGCUGCUGUGGUGGCAGAGCCUGCUGUGGUGGCAAGCAUACCUGUUGGCCUCGGGACCCCCGAGGCAAGGACAGAAGAGAGGGAUGGAGAAGAGGGGCUGGGGUCUGGGUCCUCAGCCAGAGGUGGUGGCGGAGGCAGCCGGGCCCGGCCCCGGGCUCCCAUUAGUCUGGAGGAGCCCAGCUCCCUCCCUUUCCUCCGCCUUGCCCACUUCUUUCUUCUGAAUGACGACGAUGAGGACCAGCCGCGGGGGCUGACCAAAGAGCAGAUUGACAACCUGUCCACGCGCAACUUUGGUGAGAGUGACGCGCUCAAGACCUGCAGUGUGUGUAUCACAGAAUACACUGAAGGAAACAAGCUGAGGAAGCUGCCCUGUUCACACGAAUACCAUGUCCAUUGCAUUGACCGGUGGCUAUCAGAGAACUCCACCUGUCCCAUUUGUCGCAGGGCAGUCCUGGUAUCCACCAAUCGGGAAAGUGUGGUGUAGCAGCAGGAAAGCUAGGAGGGGUCAUUCACAGUCAGGGUCAGUGCUCCUCCAAACCCAGCCUCUUACACGCCAACAAAGAUCUGAGGGUAUAUCUUAGGAGUAAGCAUUGGGGCGACAGUACAUUUCCUCUGAUUGGCUAGUUGGUAUUGUUUCCAUUUUGUUUUGGUCAUGGUCCAAUCCCUUCUGAAGUCCACCAGUGCCUGGGGGAAGGCUAGGUCUGGGGAGGUUGCUUUGGAGCCUAACCAGUCUCACAGGAGACUAGAUCAUUCAUAGCAACAGCAGCAGUCCUCUUUUAGUUAAACCACAGUGUCUGUUACCUCAGGCUCUAAGAUGUUUUAGAUUUCUCAAAAUUUAUAAUGUUGAUGUUUUAUUAUCCCAACCCCACAUCCCCUCAAGCCAUCAGUGAUAAAUAUCCUUUAUACCAGGAUGUGGGUGGACAGGUAAGGCUUUGGUGUAUAAAUCAACUCUCCUAUCGACUGGCAACUCCUGAUUGUGACAGCAUAAUCAUGUUGAAAGGCUGGUGUUGAAUAGGAUAUAAGACAAAAGGGGAGAAAUGGGAAUGCUACAGAUCCUCUGGCCUUUUCUCUAUUUACUUGAGACAAAAGAAACUGCUAUUAAUAUUUUGGAGUGGCACAGAUUGUCAAGUGUUGAAGAUUACAGAAUGAUUUUUAAGUUAAAAGUAUGUACAAUGUUGUACAGUCUUUAGAGAAAACAUUUGAGUAAGUUAAUAGAAUUAUGUUUGGAAUGCCGACAUUUAUUUUUUGAAUCCCACGCCAUCCUCAUGGCCGUUAAUUCAUCAAGAGUGAUUGUUUUACACCUGAGAUCUCAAACCGUUUCAGACGUAGUGGUGUUUGUGUAGUCACCAUCAAAUGUUGCUUUGAUCCCAACAGAGCAGUCAAGUUUUUCUGUUGUGACCCCUGAACAAUAAAUACAAUUUUUUUUGAAUUUUCACUGAGGAGAUCAAAACUCAGAUUUUAAAAGAUUUAACAUCUGACUGAUUUCAAAAGAUAAAAAAACAGGCAGUCAUCUGGUGUUAAAUGUUUACAGGACCUGACCUGAACCCCUAGAUGUGGACAGUUCAUCUGCCCCUUCCUAGCAGAUGAAUUGGAUGUCAGUGCAAUAUACACAAAUGGGGAAACAUUUGAAAAGUCAUUCAAAAAACAUUAUGAACAUGUAAUAUUAUUUCUAAAAUAUUGUGUAGACUGUUAAAAAGUUUCACUUAUAUGAAAGGUUACCUAUUUAAAAUGUUAUACUUUGCUCUAGCUUCAUUUUUAUUUUUCUGUACAUUUGAGGCACUGCUCCAUGGUUCUGAAUUAUGAGCUUUGGGCAAAAAGGGGGAUAUCUUAUUUCAUUGUGCCACCUCUUAUAAGGUUUCUCAUGUUGGCACAAGUGAACUUUUCCCCCCUGUAAGAUUAUUUGUGUGGAAAGUUCAAGUCUCUUAUUGUUAAAUAGCAAUUAUAAAAGAUUUUUUUUUUUUUU